GUUGUGAUUUUGUGAUUGAAGAGUAAAGUUCGGUGCGAAUUCUCCUCAAAUAAAUGAAUAAAAUGCAAUAUAGUGUUGAAAAAUAUCAAGAUUCAAGUGAUUUUCGUGUGAAAGUAGUUAAUUUUGCUCUUGCUGAUUAUGGCGGAAUGCUAAAAUGGCGCGGAAGGGAACGCGUCCUUGAUAUUGGAUGUGGUCCUGGUGACGUAACACAUCAAUGUUUCUUCCCAUUGCUACCUCAUGACUUUGAGGAGCUUGUGUGUGGUGAUUUAUCACCUGAAAUGCUUCAAGUGGCUGAAAAAGAAUUCCUCGGUGUUGAGCACGUUAGUUUCGUGCAAAUGGACAUUCGAGAAACUCCUAAUGAUGCCCAAAAGGAAUCUUUUGAUCGAAUCUUCUCCACAUUGUGCUUCAUGUACAUAGCUGAUCAGGAAAAUGCAUUCAAAAAUGUUUUUGAUCUCCUUGCACCAGGGGGAGAUUGUUGGAUAAUGCAAGUAACAACGAGUCCUGUUAUUCAGCCAUUAUUUCAACUUGCUGACACAACAAAAUGGCGGGAGAAGCUAAAGGAUCUGAGGGAAAUCUUAAUUUUUCCCUUCUGGAAUGAUUCAGAUCCCGUGGGAACUGCUGAAGGAUUCAUGAAAUCCAUUGGAUUUGAGGAUAUUGAAAUCUAUUUGCAAGAUGGCUACGUUCAAUUUGAAUCUGAGGAGAAAUUUGAAGCUUUCAUGGACAGCCUGCCAAUAUAUUCAGCUAACUUAACAGAAGAGGAUAGAAGGGAUCUUCUACAAGAACAAAUUGAAAUUGCAAAAUCACUAAAUGUAUUUAAAAAUGAUUCACAAGAAACACCCCAGGAACCUUAUAAAAUCUUAAUUACUUAUGGAAGAAAACCAAUGAAUUAAAUUAACCUUUGGAAUGCGGAGGCCUUGGUAGUUACGUAGAAUGCGAAGGUGAGGUCGUUAAACGACCCCAAAAAGAAGGCCAAUUUUCUCGCAAACUAUACAACCUGGAGUUGUCGGGUUAGUGCUUAUAGAUUCCUUAUAUAGUCCUCUUGCACCCUGCACCACAAAUUCGCUACCCUAAAACACUUAGAAGGAGAUAUUAGGGAAAAACAUUUUUCACUCAUUUUUCACAAUUUCUUCUUGAGAAAUUUGCCAAGAAAGUUAACCCCAACUGCUAUUUUUUUUUCACUCUUCCCCACAUUUCCCUCACUUCCCGUAACGUGAUAAAUGGAUUGUUUUGCACAUUUAGAUGCUUCUAAUUAUGUUUUAUGUUGUUUAUGCUCUAAGAAAUUUUCCGCAGCAUGACCGUUACACCAAUUUUUGAAUUCCCUUCUUCUACAUUUUUCUUAAUAACUUUUCUUGUGGUGGUCGGAUUGAGCUGAAAUUUUUACACAACCUCCUCA